AUGGGGACGAUUAGACUAAAAAUGUUUGAUAACUGGGAGAUGUUGUUACAAGAAGUGAGGUAUGUUCCAGAACUCAAAAGAAAUCUUUUGUCUAUGGGUAUGUUUGAUCUCAUAGGUUUGACAACCAAGAUCGAACAAGGAGUGGUGAAGAUUCAGAAGGGAGCGUCUACAGUUGCCAAAGAGGUAAAGAAGAAUGGCCUGUACCUAUUAGAGGGAUCUACAAUAAUCGCGCAUACAUCUGUUGCUAGCCAGACGAUGCAAGACAAGACGAAACUGUGGCAUUUGAGGCUGGGACAUAUAAGCGAGAGAGAUUUGGUGGAGUUGAACAAGCAGAAGCUGCUUGGAGAUGAUAGAAUGGAAGAGCUGGAGUUCUGUGAUCAUUGCAUACUGGGUAAGUCUCAUAGAUUGAAGUUUGAGACCGGUAAGCAUGCAUCCAGUAGACCAUUUGAGUAUGCUCACGCGGACUUGUAG